AACAACAGACUCCGCAACCGGGUAGAUGACUCUUGAGCAGUCCUAGGACUCAGUCGAAAGCCCAAACGAAACAGUUAACCUUUGAAUAUGUGGGGGGAACAAUAGUUGCUCAUACGCAUAGAAGGCUAUACCCUGUUUCAACAAAAUAGAAGAAGAAGAAGAAGUGUUCAGGUUUCGAUUAGUAGUUUACGCUUCUUAGCAAUGGCAAACGAUAAACGCACCGUGUACGUGGGAGGCCUUUCGGAAGAGGUAACAGAAAAGCUCAUCACCGACGCGUUCAUCCCGUUCGGCGAUCUCGUUGACAUACAGAUGCCGAUCGAUUACGAGUCGCAGAAGCACCGUGGGUUCGCUUUUAUCGAGUUUGAAAACGCAGAAGAUGCGGCCGCUGCCGUCGACAACAUGAACGAUUCGGAACUGUGCGGACGUACGAUACGCGUGAACACGGCCAAACCUCAGCGUAUCAAGGAGGGCAGCAACAGACCGGUAUGGGCCGACGAUAACUGGCUGCAGAAGCAUGCGGGAGCAACGCUAAAGAACGGUGGUGGUGAUAACAACGGCGACCAGCAGAUGGAUACCGAUUCGGGCGAGGUACAGCCAACCGAACCGAAAGCGGCAGAGGAAAAGAAACGCAAUCCACAGGUGUACUUCGACAUUCGGAUAGGAAACAACGAUGUGGGACGCAUCAUUAUGGUGCUGCGGGCGGAUGUGGUGCCAAAAACGGCGGAAAACUUUCGGGCGCUCUGUACGGGCGAGCAGGGUUUCGGUUACAAGGGCUCUACGUUUCACCGUAUCAUACCGGAGUUUAUGUGCCAGGGAGGUGACUUUACCGCCAACAAUGGAUCGGGAGGAAAAUCAAUCUACGGAAAAAAGUUUGCGGAUGAAAACUUUACCCUCAAACAUACCGGGUUCGGUGUGCUUUCGAUGGCAAACUCCGGCCCAAACACGAACGGUUCACAAUUUUUUAUCUGCACGGAAAAAACCGAUUGGCUGGAUGGAAAGCAUGUCGUUUUCGGGAACGUUAUUAGCGGUGCGGAUGUGGUGCGAAAAAUGGAACGCUGUGGUUCGAAGGGCGGCCGAGUACAGCAGAAGGUAACAAUCGUUGCUUGCGGUGAGGUGAAGGGUUGAUUGGAGCAGCGGUAUUCACACAAUAAAUGUUUCUUAAUUUUAGUAUAAAUCAAACAAAAUAAACACAUUACAUACAUUCGAACAACAUUGAAAGGAUGCAGAAUGCAGGUUUUUGACCAAA